UGCAGCCCUGUGGCAGCUGCAGCCCUGUGUAGUAAAAUGCUUACAAAAGUGGCGGUAAUAUAUUUUGCGCUGAGUGAAUAUGUAAAAUUAUUUUAAUUCAAUAAAUUAAAACUGCUCUCAUUAAAAAUGGUUAAAUCAAUUAAAAUAAAACUACGCAGAGUGUGUGCUGCAAAUAUAAGAAACAUUUCAACAAAUACCCGGAGCAUUUCAACAAAGUUAAACAACAAAGUUAUCUUGGAAACAACAAACACAUCUAAUUAUAAAGUUGUAAAAUUUGCUAAAUCAAUUCCUGUACGCAAUUGCAUUGUGCGACUUAAACGAUUUAAACAUCAAACGAAGGAUGUCCCGAAGUACGAUAUAAGUAAGACGCUAGCAACUGCGCAAUUAAAAGACGCGAUCAGGGAACACCGGGAUGAUGCGCAAGAAAGCAGUUGUGAACUGCACUCAGGUGGUUUCCAGAAUAUCGGAAAUAAUGAAGAAAAUGUUGAUAUAUCAAAUGUCCAAAUAUCACCUGCGAAAAAGCAAAAUCUAGACAGGCAACAAGCGACGACUUCCAGCCACUUUCUUUCCGCAUGUCACUCAGAUUUCACAAUGAAACCUUGUCGCGUACGCGUGCUUCGCUGUUCGAUUAUCCGGGAUAUUGCCGAGAAGCAGUCCGAGAUCGAGGACACACCUCCUGCCCAACUCACCGAUCUUCAUAAGAACCAUUUGGUCGACAAGUCCGCAAGGAAUUCCAUUGAACACGAAGAACGUGUCGCCAUAACACCAUGUGGAGAGAGGAUCUUGGAUACCUCGAAUAUCCAGGAAACAUGCAAGGAUAAACAGGAGAACUGUGUUAUUCCACAGAGUGUAAAGCGCUUUUUUCAUCGCGAUCAGCCUCCAGCUAGAACACGUUCCUCUAUUACGCGCCAUGUUUAUGAGUUUCUCUCCCAAUCUGAAAUCAAAGACAAUGAAAAGCCCGACCCGGCGGCGGAUAUAAUAAAAAAUAUGAUCGCAACUGGUCGAGCAUGUGCGAUGAUUCGUUCAAAGACGGGCAAAACAAGAGCACGUGCUGUCCGUAAAAAAGUGCGUCCAAUAGGCAAACGAAAACAGUGCUCCACGAGGAACACGGUUGAAAAGCAGCCAAUCAUUGUCCAGGAGGCGGAACAACGACACCUCUCACCCAUCUGCGAGCAGCAAACUGAUUUAAGUAAAGAUAAUGAUGACAAUGCGUCGGUACACGUAGAGGUGCCCGUCCAAAUGCCACAAAUAGCUGCAAUGGCUAAUAAAACAAUAGCAGAAGGUGCGUACAGUCCAUUGGCGCGCUCUCUUAUGAUCAAUCAAACCAAGGAGCAGCAAUCCAUGGAAAGGCGCCUAGAGCUGCUGCAUAUGGCCAAGAGAUUUAUUAGCACUCCGUUGAAUCGGAAGAGUAACACAACUUUGGAUGCUAAUACAACGAUAUUUUCACCAGUGUUAAAGAAUUCAGCCAAAGGACAAUUGGCUCCGGCAGCUACUGUGGCUACUCGCAGUGACACCAAGUCUCCUUGGCGUGUGCAGGGUGAGACAUCUUUGCCUAAUACCUUUGCGUUCGGUCUUAACACAUCCCAGUUGCCUUCCUACUCAAGUGACUUUAUACGCCAUCGUCAUGUCUAUUUACCCGAUGAGCCCGUUUGCUCAUUCUCCGGUUCUAUUGAGCAAAACACUAGCUCCUUUGGCAAUGAUUCGAAUGGCGAAAAUGUUCCACCAGCGGUAGUGGUAACUAAAGCAUCCAGUGACGCGCAGUCGGUGAAGACAAUCAAGCCAAUUAACGAUCAAGGGAAUGAAAAUGUAGAGAAUCUUGUGCAAUUACCAAAUCCGCGAAAAACGUUGCAGCAUCGUAGUCCUCUGAAGGACAUCAAUAUCUUGGAAGUAGUUGUACUGCCACCGUGGAAGAAAAAUGGGCAAUUUAGCAAGACGCCCACAAGAGAGCUCGUGCAUCAAUUUCAGGAGCAGGAACUUAACAGUAACAGUCCAAGGUAUCUGAGCACAAAUAACAAGCAGCCGCAACAGCAGCAGCAGCCUUGCAAUCUGUUUGGAUUCGAGGAUUUUCUUAGCGAGGAGGACGAAGAACAACUCAGUGUCCAUGAGCCCAGCCAACAUGUGACGCUACACGAAAGGCUGCACCGCCUAAAGAAGCUGCGACCUGCACAGCAGGAACUGCCGCAGGUAUCGCAAGUACCUAUUCGGCAUGCCCACGACGCUCUUAAAGCGCGAGAACCUCGGCAGCAUAACAUCAAGGAAAUGUUCUGUUCGACAAUGAUAGACAAGCCAGCGAUGAACGAAUCGGUAGCGUUAUUUAGCGAUUUCGAACCAGAGACAACCUUCGAUGAAAAGAAACCACGUCGCACCUACAUAUCAGAGAAACCGAAACGGAAGCGGAAGCAGCGUGUGCAUGUUCUCUUCAUGGACACAGAUUCGUCGGAGAAUGAAGACGAUCACGGUUCAAAAAACAAUAGUGACCAAUCGCCGAAACAGGCAGUGCAUCCGCAUAAGCGAACGCGUAGGGAUGCGGAACAUGAUGCCAAAUUGAAGCAGUUCAUUACGAGCUUCAAUCAAGAGUGUGAAGAGGUGGAAAAUUUUCCACUGAUCAUCGAAUAGAUGGGAUUUAAACGCAGGCGUUAAUUCAUUUGUUGUCUCUUAACAUAUUUUUUUAUAUACUCCAGUGCACAUAAACAUUAACUUUAAUUGAUUAUGCAUUUCAAAUUUGUUUCACUAAGCUUAGAAAUGUAGUUUAAAUAUAUGAUAUAAGUGGAUUGGAUGC